AUGGAGGGACAAGGAGAGCAGGACGAGCUCUACCCGAUCGCAGUAUUGAUUGACGAACUCAAGCACGACGAUGUACUCCUCCGCCUCAAUGCGAUACAUCGCCUCUCUACAAUCGCCCUCGCGCUUGGUCCCGAACGAACGAGAGAAGAGUUGAUACCCUUUCUAGACGAUUCGGUCGAGGAUGAAGACGAGGUUCUGACUGCCCUGGCUGACGAGCUGGGCAAUUUUGUCGAGUAUGUCGGUGGUCCGGAGUACGGCCACGUCUUGCUCGCUCCGCUAGAGAAUUUGGCGUCGAUCGAGGAACCCCUCGUGCGCGACAAGGCGGUCGACUCGCUCAACAAGAUCUGCGAAGAGCUGUCGAGUCAACAAGUCGAAGAAUCCUUCAUUCCUCUAACGAUUCGCCUCUCGAAAGCCGACUGGUUUACCUCGAAGAUCUCAGCUACAGGUCUCUACGUGGCACCAUACAAGAAGGCAUCGCAGCAGUCGCAACAGGGCCUACGGCAACAGUUUGGCCAUCUCGUACACGAUGAGACCCCCAUGGUCCGAAGACAAUCCGCCAACAACCUAGCAAAGUUCGUGAAAGAGGUGCCCAUACAGAUUGUCAUCGAUGAGAUGAUUCCUCUGUUCCAGCACUUGGCUGGUGAUGAUCAAGAUAGUGUCCGUCUGCUCACAGUCGAUGUCCUGGUCUCGAUCGCCGAAGUUAUUCCCAAAGAGCAGCAGCCUAGCCAUGGUGUGCUUCUCACAGCACUGCGCAGUCUGUUCGAGGACAAGAGCUGGCGAGUACGAUAUAUGGUCGCUGAGAGGUUCGAGAAGAUCGCAAAGGCUGUCAACGAGGAGGUCGUCACACGCGACUUAGUUCCGGCAUUCGUCAAGCUCCUGAAAGACAGCGAGGCCGAAGUACGGACAGCCAUCGCCAGCCAGAUUCCGGGCUUCUGCAAUCUGCUCGACCGGGAGACACUCCUCAACGAAAUCAUGACCAGCAUCGAAGACCUCGUCUCGGAUCCCUCACAACACGUCCGAGCCGCACUCGGUACCCAACUCAGCGGUCUAGCGCCAAUCCUCGGCAAGGACGAGACAAUAGCACAUCUCCUACCUAUGUUCCUCCAGAUGCUCAAGGACGAAUUUCCCGAUGUCCGGCUGCACAUCAUCUCCAAGCUCGAACUCGUCAACGAUGUGAUCGGCAUCGACCUGCUCUCGCAAUCCCUCCUCCCAGCUAUCGUCCAGCUUGCCGAAGACAAGCAAUGGCGUGUUCGUCUAGCCAUUAUCGAGUACAUUCCUCUUCUCGCCAAGCAGCUCGGCGUCAAGUUCUUCGACGAUCAGCUCAGCAUCCUAUGCAUGGGCUGGCUAGGUGAUACGGUCUUUUCUAUCCGCGAAGCUGCCACCACGAACCUCAAGAAGUUGACCGAAGUCUUCGGCGUUGAGUGGGCAAGCCAAUCGAUAAUUCCGAAGGUCGCCAAGAUGGGUCAAGAAGCCAACUAUCUUUACCGCAUGACGACCUGCUUUGCCAUCACAACACUCGCACCAGUCGUCACACUAGACAUCAUUCGCGAACAUAUCCUUCCCAUCAUGGACCGCCUAGUCUCCGACCCCAUUCCCAACAUUCGAUUCAAUGUCGCCAAGUCCUACGCCGUACUCAUCGAUACCCUCCGCAAACUGCCUGCCGAAGGCACCCUCGCCGAAGCCGAAGCCUCGAACACACCACCUUCCUCAAAAGGCCAAGAUCUCAUUAGCACACAAAUCCUGCCCAACCUCGAGAAGCUGCAAGGAGAUGACGACGCUGAUGUGCGGUACUUUGCCACGACGGCCGCUGGUGGGAAGCCUACAGUGCUGGACGCGGGCAGCAGUGGUGGAGCGGAGCAGAUGGACACCGAAGAGCAGCAGUAG